AUGGGACUUUCAAGAGGCAGUCUAUACGCAUUGAUUGGCUACUACCUAGCGCUCAAUGGACUCAACGCCUUCAACUACGGCUACCAUAGUGAUGAGAAAUUAUUUGUUCAUAUUACCAUGCUAAGUAUUGUGUUGCUGCUGUGCAUUUUCAAUUGUUGGCAACGAAAACGCCAUGUGCUCAGGAUAUUAAGAGAGCUGCUGCACUUGGAAAAUAGAUAUUUGAGUGCCUGGGAACAAUCUAUGACUGGCAAAAGGAAGCGGAAAUUAAUGAAAUUGAACAACCUGUAUUACAUCAAGCUUGGUCUUUUUCUGCUUACUCUGAUACGGACUUGGCUUUUCUACCCCUUGUAUCUGAAACGUUUUCGGCCCAAGAAUUAUAUGUUAGACAUUACGUCCACCAUGCUGCUAGUCAAUGUUUCUGUAGCUAUUAUGUUCGAAUACUACUGCAUUUUAUGGCAGAUUUGUCGUAGCUGCAGCCUGCUCAAUGACCAGCUAUCGCAACUCUUGUGCCCGCGCAGCAUUCGAGAGUCUUGGAAAUCAGAAAAAUCUGCCAAAUUUCUAUUGCUGAAACGUCAAUUCUUUAAGAUACUGGCAUUGCAUAGCUUGAUGGGUGAAUCCUUUCAGUACAUCUUGCUGUGUCUACUGGCCAGCAAGGGCUGGUAUUUAAUAACCUAUGGAUAUGAAAUAUUUGUGAUUAUUGCAGCACCCCAGCAUUCUUCAAUUCCAAUCAAAAUGCGGUCAUUUGUCAUAGUCAGUUACCUAAUCGACGCGCUCAAUUUAUAUUAUACCAGUAAUUUGGCAGAAAAUUUGGAAAUAAUGAUAAGAAAAACGGCUUUUAUAUUACGCACACCCCCGCGCGAGUCGAGUGCCUUCAAAAGACUGAUCACGGCCUUUGCUCUGGAAUUGGCUUGGCGGCAAAAGUGUGCUUCUAUACUCAAUGUGUUUACUAUCAAUCGACAGUUGACAUUUAAAUUGCUGGCCAAGACUCUUCUUUAUACUAUUUGCUGGCUGCAAGGUGACUAUUUAGAGUUGCGGAAAUAA